AUGCAGAAACAAAGGGAACUGGAUGAGGCGCUAAGGGCAGGUGCUGCUUCAAGACGUGUUAAUGUGGAUAAGCUAAUGGCUUCGACAAUACAUACGUUGAUCAAUUAUAACAUCGAGUUCACUCCAGCCAGCACUUCACAGAAUACAAUAGAGGAUGAUAAUUUGAAGUAUAUUCUCCUUAAACCAGAAAAUGAGCCAGCGAAAAAGCAAUAUAUAGUUAAUAAUAUUCAGUCAAAAGAAAAUGUUGCGAAAUUCAGAGUACACAAAUUUCAACAUAAACAACAUGACAGUGAAAUGAAGCAGAAUACGGAAAAUAAAAAAUACAUUAGGAAGAGGAAGCCAUGCUCCAUCGAAAAAUGUCAGCGGAAAAAGCAACGGUAUACAGAACAGAGUUAA